GCGUCCGCUAUAGCGUGUUUCCGCUAGUUACCAGGGAAACUAUUCUUUCAAGCAUUUUCAGUGCGUUUCGUGCAGAGCAAGUAGUGACGAACAAACGACAAAUAUCAUCUUUCUCACUUGCAAAGCGUGGCGUUGAGAUAGGUCGCACUAUAAUGGCUCAAGCAUUCUACGUUCGGAAUCCUUAUCCCGUGCCGGAUAUUUCACGGGAAGGAGCUUGGAUAUCACGCGGGCCCGUGCUGGGAGAUAAAGUCUCGCCGUCGGAUAGAGACUGGGACGUCAAACUGAGCGCUCACGAGCGUCUCUUUGCUCAUCACACCUUGAAUAGCAUCCGCAGGGAUCGUCGACUCGUCAGAUCGCUGGUACCGCGCGACGCUCUCGAUCUAGCACUAAACAGCGUUUAUGCUCACAGUCGAGACACUCUAGUCUCAAAGAUGUACGUGCCCAUCCAACCGGAAACUCUCGGCAGAGAAACUUGGCGUGUCUUACGAAACGAGAUCAAGAUUAUACCGGAACCACCUAAACCAGAUAGACCGAUGCACGUGAGCGGUCAUUCGGACGAGGAACUUAAAUCGGUAGUUUGGACACCUUUAUCGGCGGAUAAAUCGAGGUGUCAUAGCGGGCCAACUUUACCGCGGAGAAUUCAUCCGAGCAGCGUGAAAUUAAAUAUCGAGGGUCCUCAUAUGGACCAAUCGAAUCCCGGAUACAGUCGCAAAAUCGACGGAACUUUUUACAGUAUUUAAACACGGAUUUGGGCGGUGUUUGAGCGGCACGCUUGGAGAACGUUUGGAUUAAGCUGAAACCUGCAAUUCGCCGAAUGAAGCUCCCGCUUUUACAAAUACCAUUAUCGCUAUUGGCAUAAUCUGGCGAGAUUUACGUUUUGGAACGCUCCGAGAAGCAGCGAAUCGUCAGCGUCACUAUAACGUAGACGCGAAAUUCAUGGUAUUAAGAAACCUUCCCGAGGACGCAUGAUAUAAUUUGUAAUUAAUCGCGUCAAUCAUCGCUAUUGUUUCGCAGCGUGUCUGACAAAGUGUCUGAUCAUUCUAUCUAUCUAUCUAUCUAUGCUAAUCUGAUCAUGUUGACAAAUUUAUCCGAUGGCUCACGAACCUGCCUUGGCUAUCGCGAGCAGAGAUCUCCCGAUUGCCGCUCGCAUUUUCGCCCCUUCGACAGUUCGAGGCGCAGGCGGCCCGAAGAUCGGCAGAAGCGUGAGUCAGUGCGCACCGAGUUCUCACUCGGCACGGUAGCGAGCUGAAGGGACAGAAUGUCCCAUUACCCGGGUAAUCCUUGUUUGUAAUAAACCAGCGCCCCGCUGCCAGCUCGGGGGUGACAGCGGAGCCACCCUCGCCGAGGGCUCGCGCGAAGGAGGAGUCAUCUCCGCACGCAUAUGCUCCUCAUGAAAUAUCAUUUAUGUUUCUCACCCCGCGCGCAAACGUCUAUCUUGCGACCCGUUUGACCCGGCUCGCAACCCUCCGCCAGGCAGGCGGAGUAGGCAGCACGAUCCUUAUACAUACGUCUAAUCCGACCAUGAUUGCCCCGCCGACCGCCUCGUCACGAAAACUCCACCUCGGCUAUGAGAUGUAGUACGCUACCCUUCCUCUGUCUGACCCCAUUCUCCUAGCUCCUUUAAAACGCUUUUUGACGAACCUCGCAACGGCACGAGAUAAUGAAUUUUUACGCCGGCGCGCGUCAACCCCCAUCAUUUUUGUAUUAAAACUUAAUUUUUGCUUUAUCAUCCUAUAUAGCAUAAAAACGUUGAAGAAAUAUUUCAUUGUAAGAUUGCAACUUAACAAAAAUCUCCGCCUUUAAAAAUAUGCAAUAUUGCAAUAUUUUGAUAUUUCUGAUAAUAUUUCAGAUUGUUAUUAUAACACAUUUUGGCACAUAUAAUUUCGAGGAAUAUCAUAUAACCUUGAAUUAAUUUUUAUACAGAAGAGUUUAACAAAAUUUUACUGCUGAAAUAUAGCUCAUUUAUUUUCGUCUUUAAACACAAUUUUGGGGAUUCGCUAGCUCCUUCAAGAAAUCAUUUCAUUAAAAUGAGGGUGAAAAAUCUUAUAAUACAGUGUCUUUUUUUCUGUCCUACGUAGUUUUUUAAUUACGAGAAGUUAGAAUUCCACUGCGUCCAUCUAGUAGCAGCUGCGCGUACAAAGCGUAAAACUUUAUUUUUCUGUCUCUUCGGUAUUUUUGAAACGUUUCUGCAACAUUGCUGAAACAAUAACAAGAAAAAUUUUUGCACCGCAAAACAUUGGUGCAAAGUUGCAGCAAUAUUGCUGCAAGCUUCUAUUGCUGUGCUGUAUGUGAAUAUAUUGCGAUCUGCGUAGAAUUUGUGAUCUGGACUCAUUAUAGUUGUGUAAUGUGUAACCAUGUAGAUAUGUCAUUUGUGAGUGUAUCAAUUAAUCGUAAAUCAAUAUCAACAAUAAUAACUUUUUUAAUACUUUAGAUUAUACGUCACGGCGCAUUGACGCGGAUCUUUUUUCUUCCUCGGAACAACGGCGGAGAGAGUCACCGGGACUAUAAGGGUAGAACGUUCUCAAACGGUCGUCAGGCAACGAGCGAGGUUACCAGCCAAUUACUUGGCUGAACGGUUUUAUUUGUAUUUAAUUCUUAUUUAAUUUACUUUUUAUGGUCGCGCGCGCGCACCUAGUUUCGCCAUUAAGGAAAUGGAAGGUUUCUUCGUCAUUGCAAAUUAACGGUUGCGAUCUACCCUGUCGAACGCAAUGUAGGUAAAAAUGCUAUCAAUUGCACAACAUAGUAUUCGAUAAUGGAAUUUGCACUUGAUGAAAGCGUUAAACUGUACGUACAAAAAUGAACUGGUCAUUCUGUAAAAAAAAUUUAAUGAAACUGAAAUGAUCGUGUAAAAAUCAAUACGAUCAGAUCGAAUCAGGUUUGAUGAAAUGAAAAACACUAUUAAUUGCCGACGCGUAACGCUUUAAAUAUUUAAAAACUAAUUUUAAUCGAUACACCAUCACUAUUUCUAAAGAUUAACAAAAGUAAUGAUUAAACAAUGAUGCUGCUAUUGUAUAGAGCACGUUUGGACUGGCUCUAUCUAUUCGAUUCUUUCACGCGUACGCUUUUCCAGAAGGAAAUUCUGCGUGAAAGUCGAAGCAAAGUCGCAUUGAUCCCUCCAGGAUGAAGCUGUUAUUCCACUGAACUUGUUACGUUAUAUUUAUCAGCGCGGUGCACACUGGCACUACCCGUCGGGUUUUAUCGUUCCUUUCGGAUUUCGUUCUUUCACCGUCGCUCCAGCUAAAUAGACAAAGCCGCAAAUGACACAGCGAAUAAUAAGCAACACACUAAAUUAACCAGACGUCAUAUAUUAUAAUUUCCAUUUUAAUUCAUUCCUUCUCUUAAAUUGGUAUAAAAUACUUUUUUACAUCUAUAUACCGUGUAUAAAAGAAUUAUAAGUUAUAAAAAAUAUAAAUUAUAAUUCUAAGCAUGUGCACCAACAAACAUUAUGACAAUAAUCGAUAUAAAAAAAUAUUUCAAAAUUCGAAUAAUCUGUUGUAUAAUUUUUUUAUUCUAUAAUAAUUAUUUCGCAACUUUAUGAUGCUUCUAAUUUUUAUACUUUAUAAGUUUACUUAUACAAUUUAUAUAUUUAUAUUAAACUUUCACUGUUGUUCUUUAAUUAUAAGCAAAGCAAAUUUUAAAUAAAAUUCUACUGUCACUAAACGACUUGUUGAUGUUCAAUUUAAGCAGCGCACGGUCCUAAAAAUUGCUCCCUGAUUUCGGUUUAUUUGCCGUUUUUUAGUCUUCACUGACGACAGAAAGAGAGGAGGAGGGGAGCUCCAGCUAGAGAUCGACAAAGGGGUGGCGGCUUAGAAAGCUUAUUUUCUCAUUUUGAAUCAAUAUGGUUGCACGCGCUGGCGCCUAGUGUUUACUCAACAUUUUAAAAUUAUUUUAAAACAACCCGUCCCUAAGGGAAAAGGAAUAUCUGGUGACGCAAAUGUCAGGGUUGACAUUACGUGUCGCGUGAUUUCGAAUGCGGUGGGAACAAAUGGGAUACGUUCGCUGUAUCAUAUCGUCGUAUGCGACCUUUAAAGGAUACCAACUACUAGCCGAACGAAAGUGUCAGCGUCAACUAGAUGAAAAUAUAGUCUAGAAAUGUCACUGUUGCCAACAAUUCUUAAAAAAAAAACUCGUGCAUUUAUUAUUAAUAGUUACACAUUACAAAAUCUCUCUCUCUCUCUCUCUCUCUCUCUUAAAGUAGUGCCAAAUGUAUCUCCUAUAUUAAAUACUACAAAAGUAUUAAUAAGAAUUUUAAAAUUGCUUGGAAAGUAACUUU